AUGAUCAUCGAACGUGACGUGGGUAUCCCUUCAGACGAUGGACUUGUCCUCCGAGCCGAUAUAUUCAGGCCUGAUGGUGGAGAGCCUUCACCGGUUAUUAUGACACAUGGCCCGUACGGAAAAGGAGUGGAAUACAAAAGUGGCCCUUACGCUCGUCAAUGGGCUUGGCUUCUAGAAACUCACCCCAACAUUCUUCCAGACUCUACAAAGUCAUACAUGACAUGGGAGACUGUUGACCCGGAGCUUUGGACCACUUGGGGAUAUGUUUGCAUUCGUAUCGAUUCCAGAGGAGCGGGAAGAACUCCAGGGUUCCUCGAUGUCUAUUCACCGCGUGAGACCAAGGAUUUUUAUGAGGCUAUCGAAUGGGCAGCACGCCAACCUUGGAGCACUGGUAAAGUUGGAUUACUGGGCAUUUCCUACUACGCCAUCUCGCAGUGGCUAGUGGCUUCCUUGCAACCACCUCAUUUAGCCGCGAUCGUCCCGUGGGAAGGUGCAGGGGAUUUCUACCGUGACAUAUGCCGACAUGGUGGAAUUGCUUCUACUGCAUUCAUUGGCAAAUGGUAUGGACGUCAAGUUCUCUCAAAUCAGCAUGGAAAUAGCAAAGGCCAAUUGGAUCCAUGGCUUAAGGAACUUGCUACUGGCCCAGAGCAGCUUUCAGAGGGUGAGUUAGCUGCAAAUUAUGCUGAUCUUGAGAGGGACAUUUUGAGCCAUCCUUUAGACAGUGAAUAUUACCGUGGACGCUCCGCCAAUUGGUCUAAAAUUACAAUACCUUUCCUCAGUGCGGCUAAUGUUGCUGGGUUUGGCCUUCACGCUCGAGGAAACUACGAAGCAUUCACUCAAGCCGCAUCAACUAAGAAAUGGUUAGAGAUUCACCCUGGUAGGCACGAGGAGUGGUUCUACCUUGAUGAAAAGAUAGAAAUGCAAAGACGAUUCCUGGACCACUUCCUCAAGGGAAUUGAUAAUGGAUGGGACCAAGAGUCCCCCGUGCUACUCCAUUUAAGACGGCCAUUUAGCACCAAAUUUGAGCUUCGUAAAGAGACCGAGUGGCCUUUACGAUCGACACGGUGGACAAACAUCUACUUUGAGGUUUCAGAAAAGGCUCUAUCAUGGCAGUUUCCAGUUCAGCAGAGUAGUAUCGCGUUUGAAGCUCUAGGCGAACCCGUGAUGUUCAUGUCAGCUCCGCUCACUCAGGAGACUGAGAUAACUGGCCCACUGGCAGCGAAGCUAUUCAUCUCGUCCUCGACCAUCGACGCUGAUUUCUUCUUAACAUUACAGGCCUUCUCACCAGACGGCAGAGAGGUAGAGUUCCCAGGCACUAUUGAUCCGCACACGCCCCUUGCUCAGGGAUGGCUUCGCGCAUCUCAUCGCAAACUUGAUACUAAACUCAGUUUGCCAUAUCGACCAUACCACACACAUGACGAGAUCCAGCCUCUUACACCUGGUCAGAUCUACGAGCUUGAUAUAGAGAUUUGGCCAACACAUAUCAUCUUGCCAGCUGGUUUCCAGAUUUCGUUGCAGAUAGGUGGUAAGGAUUUUGAGAGACCUCUCCCGCCUAAUGCACCCGUCGCAGAGUGGGAAUCGAGAGGUUCGGGUCCGUGGUUGCAUAAUAAUCCUGAGGACCGACCGGCUGAGGUAUACGGAGGAACGACGACGAUCUAUACCGGCGGGGCUACUACAUCAACUUUGCUAUUGCCUGUCAUUGAAAAGCAUUAA